AUGAAUCUGUAACCCGUCCCUUGAUCUCACACACCUUUCAAUUGAACAGAUCUAUCGAUCGAGAGGAUGGGGAGGGCGCCUUGCUGCGAGAAGGUGGGGCUGAAGCGAGGAAAGUGGACGGCGAAGGAGGAUGACACUCUCGCAAAAUACAUUGCUGGGCACGGCGAGGGCUCAUGGAGGUCUCUGCCCAAGAAUGCGGGGCUACUGAGGUGUGGCAAGAGCUGCAGGCUACGGUGGGUCAACUACCUGAGGGACGGGGUGAGGAGGGGCAACUUCUCUAAGGAGGAAGACGAUCUCAUCGUCAAGCUCCAUGCUACAUUAGGCAACACGUACGGGCCUUGGAUUACUCCACCAUUAAUAUAUAUAUGA